UUUUCAAAUUAAAAGAGAAAGAUGGGCAGAUGUGAUAAACAGUAAAACAUUAAUUGUAGACCAUAGGUAGGUAUACAGUGUUCACCGAGAAAGAUUUUUAACUUGAGGGAAAAACUACAAGAACAUGAAAUUCUCCUUCCUACUGUAUUUGACUCUCCCCUGAUUAUCCGUUCCCAAAUCUUUAAACAUGGAAAGGAGAGGUGGUUCAUGCUAUUAAAAGAGCCUGCGUCUUAUUUCCUCUUAAUCACCUACUUGAGUUGUCAGCUCUUUGCCACAUGCCCUUUGUCCUUAAGAGGUUGAGGUUCAAGGUUUUCUGGCACUUUCUGGGGAAAUGGCUCUAAGGCUAUUAACUUAGUGGAUUAUCAUUACCUGGGAGUCCCUUCUGUGCCAGCAGAUUUGCCUUUUGAGUGAACCUCAAACUAAUUCCUCACCUUGCCUGUGCAGGGGUUGGGAGAAAGGUGACUAAUCAUUGAGGACAGGCAAGAAUUCUUGCUUUGGGUAACCCUUUCCUUGUCCCCGUCUUUCAGGCCUGACUGCCGUGACACCCCCAAGUGCCCUUCUGGGUGCCUUUGGGCAGUCGGUUCUGGCUCUACAUCGGCCCCAUCUUACAUAAAAUAGGAAGAAGGCUUGGUGGUCCCUUAAGUCGUCUUUCCAAGGAAGGGGUCAGAGGCUAUGUGGAUUUCUAAAAAAUACUUCAAAUUUUUUCUCAGCGGUAAUUCACAUUCAGCGUUCAGGAAAAAGUUUUAAAGGUCGAUCGUUUAGAAAGUGGAUGUGCGGGGUAACAUGUCCAGUGUGUCCGAGGAGAGAAGAAAAAGGCAGCAGAACAUUAAGGAAGGACUGCAGUUUAUCCAGUCACCGCUGUCAUAUCCAGGGACACAGGAACAAUAUGCGGUAUAUUUACGUGCUCUUGUGAGAAAUCUUUUUAAUGAAGGAAAUGAUGUUUAUCGGGAACAUGAUUGGAACAACUCGAUAAGCCAGUACACAGAAGCUCUGAAUAUAGCUGGUUAUGCAAAGUCAGAAGAAAUUGUCAUCCCUAAAGAAAUAAUUGAAAAACUGCAUAUAAAUCGUAUUGCUUGCUAUUCUAAUAUGGGUUUGCACGAUAAAGUUUUAGAAGACUGUGACACAGUGCUCAGUUUAAAUGCCAGUAACUGCAAAGCUCUGUAUAGGAAAUCUAAGGCUCUCAGUGACUUAGGAAGAUACAGAGAGGCUUAUGACUCCGUAGCAAAGUGCUCCUUGGCGGUGCCUCAGGAUGAACAUGUGAUCAAACUAACUCAAGAACUAGCUCAGAAAUUGGGAUUUAAAAUAAGAAAAGCGUAUGUCAGGGCUGAGCUCGCGUUAAAAUCCGUUCCUGGGGACGGGGCUACCAAGGCUUUGAGCUGUUCUGUGGAAGAUAUCGAGCCAGAUUUGUUAACUCCGAGGCAGGAAGCAGUUCCUGUCGUCUCUGUGCCUGCGUCCAGUUUCUCCCACCAAGUCGGAAGUGAGCUGGCCUCAGUUCCUAUCAUGCCCUUGCCCUCUAUGCUGCCCCUGCAAGUGGACGAGAGCCCCCUGCCAUCGGCGGUGUUGGCAAACGGAGGAAAGACCCCCUUCACCAUGCCGGAACCUUUUCUGGAUGACGGAGAUAUGGUCCUCGGCGACGAAAUAGAUGACCUUCUUGAUUCGGCACCUGAGGCCAACGAAACUGUUAUGCCGUCAGCUUUAGUCCGAGGAGCCCUUCCCACAGCCAGUGUCCCCCCUAGCAUGCCUUUCUCGGCAUCUCUGUUGGGCACCUUGCCCAUUGGUGCGAGGUAUGCCCCUCCACCCUCCUUCUCAGAACUGUAUCCACCUUUGACCUCAUCCUUGGAAGAUUUCUGCUCUUCUUUGAGUUCAUUUUCAAUGAGUGAUUCCAAGCGAGAUGUGCCCACCUCAACUUCUAGAGAGGGAACAGCGCUUAGCAGCAGUAAUUCCUCCCUUUUACUUAUGAAUGGACCAGGCAACUUGUUUGCUUCUGAGAGUUUCCUGGGAAUUUCAAGCCACCCUAGAAAUGACUUUGGAAACUUCUUUGGAAGCACAGUUACUAAACCACCUUCAUCCGUGACCCCAAGACAUCCCCUUGAAGGAACCCAUGAACUGAGACAAGCUUGUCAGAUGUGUUUUGUAAAAUCAGGCCCUAAGUUAAUGGAUUUCACUUACCAUGCUAAUAUAGAUCAUAAAUGUAAGAAAGAUAUUUUAAUUGGUAGAAUAAAGAAUGUUGAAGAUAAAUCAUGGAAAAAAAUACGCCCAAGACCAACAAAAACAAAUUAUGAAGGACCUUAUUAUAUAUGUAAAGAUGUUGCUGCUGAGGAGGAAUGUAGAUAUUCAGGCCACUGCACAUUUGCUUAUUGCCAAGAAGAGAUAGAUAUCUGGACACUGGAGCGGAAAGGGGCGUUCAGCAGAGAGGCUUUCUUUGGUGGCAAUGGAAAGAUCAACCUCACUGUAUUCAAACUUCUCCAAGAGCAUCUUGGAGAGUUUAUAUUCCUCUGUGAGAAAUGUUUUGAUCAUAAGCCUAGAAUGAUAAGUAAAAGAAAUAAAGAUAAUUCUACUUCUUGUUCUCACCCGGUUACAAAGCAUGAGUUUGAAGACAAUAAGUGCCUUGUCCACAUCUUGCGAGAGACAACAGUAAAAUACUCCAAAAUACGUUCUUUUCAUGGUCAGUGUCAGCUUGAUUUAUGUCGCCAUGAGGUCCGGUAUGGCUGCUUAAGGGAAGAUGAGUGCUUUUAUGCGCAUAGUCUUGUAGAACUGAAAGUCUGGAUACUGCAAAAUGAAACCGGUAUCUCACACGAUGCCAUCGCUCAAGAAUCUAAACGAUACUGGCAAAAUCUGGAAGCCAGCGUACCUGGGGCUCAGGUACUUGCCAAUCAGCUAAUGCCUGGAUCUCUUAAUAUGAAGAUAAAAUUUGUGUGUGCUCAGUGUCUGAGAAAUGGUCAAGUCAUUGAACCAGACAAGAACAGAAAAUAUUGUAGUGCAAAAGCAAGGCACUCGUGGACCAGAGAUCGGCGCGCGAUGAGAGUGAUGUCCAUCGAACGUAAGAAGUGGAUGAACAUUCGUCCUCUCCCCACAAAGAAACAAAUGCCUUUACAGUUUGAUCUGUGCAAUCAUAUUGCUUCCGGGAAGAAGUGUCAGUAUGUUGGGAACUGCUCGUUUGCCCAUAGCCCUGAGGAGCGGGAAGUGUGGACGUACAUGAAAGAGAACGGCAUACAAGAUAUGGAGCAGUUUUAUGAGCUUUGGCUAAAGAGUCAAAAAAAUGAAAAAAGCGAUGAUGUAGCCAGUCAAUCAAACAAGGAGAACGGAAAACAAAUCCACAUGCCGACAGAUUACGCUGAAGUUACUGCCGACUUUCACUGCUGGAUGUGUGGGAAGAACUGCAACAGUGAGAAGCAGUGGCAAGGCCACAUCUCCUCGGAGAAGCACAAGGAGAAGGUGUUCCACACCGAGGACGACCAGUACUGCUGGCAGCACCGCUUUCCGACAGGGUAUUUUAGUGUUUGCGAUAGGUAUAUGAACGGCACCUGCACAGAAGGAAGCGGCUGUAAGUUUGCACACGGCAACGCCGAGCUCCACGAGUGGGAAGAGCGGAGGGACGCCCUAAAGAUGAAGCUCAACAAAGCAAGAAAAGAUCACUUAAUCGCCCCAAAUGAUAAUGACUUUGGAAAAUAUAGUUUUUUGUUUAAAGAUUUAAACUAAUAUGCUGGCUUUUAUGUAUGUUACCUAAUCAGAGCAUCGACCAGAAAAAAUGGAAAGUGUUCUCAGGCACGUGGCAGAGAAGCCGCAGACUUUCUGCUUGUAUUGGCGUCUAUCGUACCUCCUGAGCAGCAACCCACAGUAGGUAGGAAAACGGGCUGUUUGACAGGUCUGGCCAUGCUCUCGUGGCACCAUUGGCAUCGCAUGGCGAAGUGACCGCUACCGGUUGCCAUCUGUUGAACAGACUUUUGGAUGAAGCGUGUUGGGGAAGAGGAUGAGGUUGUGUCUAAGACGACUCCUUGAGUUGGUCCUUUGGAUCAGAACCACGGCGGUGAGAGAGUAGACACUAGGGCCAGAAUACAUGAUGGAUGAAAUUCUUCACAGGUUUGAAACGGAACGACUUUGUUUAAUAUAAUAAAGUUUGCUACUUAUCUGUACGUAGGUUGCUAAAAAGGAUUUUCUUAACUCAGAUUUUAAGCCAAAUAACCAUUUAACACUAGUAUAUGUUAAAUGGGGUAUUUUUCUGUAUUUGUAUGUUUCACUAUAAUAAGGGAACUAAGGAUAAUGUGCAUUGAGAAUAUUUUGAAAAAUAAUCAGUCGACUCAAAUUUUAUUUCUUGGUCUUUUGCUGUUUAAACGAUGAUUUUGAAAGAUUACACUUGUACUGUUGGUAUUGUGUAGUGUAUGGACCAAUAUUGCCUGUAAUAAACAUUUUAUAUAUAGAGGUC